CGUCGCUGGUAUAUAUGCGUCACUCCCACUCCCACCUUCUCGCCAGUGGAAUUCUCAUCUCUGCUUCUGCACCUUCUGGGCAGACGAGAACAUAAAACACAAGCAAAAGCUGGCAGGCUGACGGGAACUUGCAACUUUACAGGACGGAUUAUCUGGUAACUGACCAUUCAGCUGUGGCACACUCGGACUCUGUGUUUAGCGUGGGAUUUUGACCAUGAGCUCAGUCGCAGUACUUACGCAGGAGAGCUUCAAUGAGCACCGCAUCGGGCUCCUGCAGGAGCAAGGUGGUGGACCUGGUGCGGGAGAGGAGGAGGAGGCCCUUCCCACCUACAAGGACGCCUUCCCACCUCUACCUGAGAAGGCGGCCACGACCGAGGGCACCCAGGAGACCACCAGCGCCUGGGCUUCCAAACUCCGCCCUCUGAAGUCGUCUGUCAUCACCCAGGUUUUCCAUGUUCCUCUGGAAGAGCGCAAGUACAAGGACAUCAACCAGUUUGGGGAAGGAGAUCAAGGAAAGGUUUGUGUGGACAUCAUGCACAAGACCGGAGCCCACCUAGAGCUCUCCUUGGCAAAAGACCAGGGCCUCUCCAUCAUGGUGUCCGGAAAGCUGGAUGCCGUGAUGAAGGCUCGCAAGGAGAUCGUGUCCCGACUGCAGACUCAGGCCUCAGCCACUGUGGGCAUCCCCAAGGAGCACCAUCGUUUUGUCAUUGGCAAAAAUGGGGAGAAGCUACAGGAGCUUGAGCUUAAGACUGCCACCAAAAUCCAGAUCCCCCGGCCCGAUGACCCCAGCAACCAGAUCAAGAUCUCCGGAACCAAGGAGGGCUUGGAGAAGGCAAAGCACGAGAUCCUGUUGAUCUCAGCCGAGCAGGACAAGCGAGCUGUGGAGAGAGUGAACAUCGACAAGGUCUACCACCCCUUCAUCACCGGCGCCUACAACAAAGUGGUGGCGGAGAUGAUGCAGGAAACCGGCGCUCGCAUCAACGUCCCCCCUCCAAGCGUGAACAAGACCGAGAUCGUGAUCACCGGGGAGAAGGAGCAGGUGGCCCUUGCUGUGGCUUUGAUCAAGAAGAUCUCUGAAGACAAGAAGAAGAACACCACCAUCAUUGCCGUGGAGGUGAAGAAGUCUCAGCACAAGUACGUGAUUGGCCCCAAGGGAAACACCCUGCAGGAGAUUCUGGAUAGAACUGGCGUCUCGGUUGAGAUCCCACCAUCCGACAGCAACUCAGAAACUGUCAUCCUUCGUGGGGAGUCCGACCGCCUCGGUCAGGCCCUCACUGAAGUCUAUGCCAAGGCAAACAGCUACACUGCUUCCUCGGUAACAGCUCCUUCUUGGCUCCAUCGCUUCAUCAUCGGCAAGAAGGGGCAGAACUUGGCCAAAAUCACCCAAAUAAUGCCCAAGGUGCACAUUGAGUUCACCGAGGGCGAAGAUAAGAUCGCCCUGGAGGGUCCAACCAAAGAUGUGCAGAUGGUGCAAAGCCAGAUUGAAGUCAUUGUGUCAGAUUUAGUGAGUCGCAUGGACUACACUGAGAUCAGCGUGGAUCCAAAAUUCCACAGACAUCUGAUUGGAAAGGCAGGCGUCAACAUCAACCGCAUCAAGGAGCUGCACAAGGUGACUGUCCGCAUCCCCCCCGACCACGAGAAGAGCAACCUGAUCCGCAUCGAGGGGGACCCCCAGGGUGUGCAAGAAGCCAAGAAGGAGCUGCUGGAGCUUGCGUCGCGCAUGGAGAACGAGCGUACAAAGGACCUGAUCAUCGAACAGCGUUUACAUAGAGCCAUCAUCGGCCAAAAAGGGGAGAACAUUAAAGAAGUGCGGGACAAAUUCCCAGAGGUCAUCAUCAACUUCCCCGACCCCGCCCAGAAGAGUGACAUCGUUCAGCUGAGGGGCCCGCGAACCGAGGUGGAAAAGUGUUCCAAGUUCAUGCAGAAGAUGGUGGCUGAGAUGAUGGAGAACAGCUUCUCCCUCUCCGUCCCCAUCUUCAAGCAGUUCCACAGGAACAUCAUCGGGAAAGGCGGCUCCAACAUCAAGAAGAUUCGCGAGGAAACCAACACUAAGAUCGACCUGCCUGCCGAGAACAGCAACUCUGAGAUGAUCAUCAUCACGGGCAAGAAGGCCAACUGUGAGGCUGCGAGAGUGCGAAUUCUGGCCAUUCAGAAAGAACUGGCAAACAUCACAGAGAUGGAAGUGUCCAUUCCUUCCAAGCUGCACAACUCCUUGAUCGGCUCCAAGGGCCGCUUUGUGCGCUCCAUCAUGGAGGAGUGUGGCGGGGUGCACAUCCAUUUCCCCAGCGAAGGCUCCGGUAUCGACAAGGUCACCAUCAGAGGCCCCGUGGAGGAGGUGGAGAAGGCCAAGCAGCAGCUGCUGGCCCUGGCAGAGGAGAAGCAAACGAAGAGCCACUCGGCCGAGCUGCGUGCCAAGCCAGAGUACCACAAGUUCCUCAUCGGCAAAGGCGGCGGCAACAUCCGCAAGGUGCGUGACAGCACCGGGGCCAGGAUCAUCUUCCCCACCGCCGACGACAAAGACCAGGAGCUCAUCACCGUCAUCGGCACGGAGGAGGCCGUGCGUGACGCUCAGAAGGAGCUGGAGGAGCUGAUCAAGGGCUUGGACAACGUCAUCGAGGACUCGAUGAACGUGGACCCUAAGCACCAUCGCUACUUUGUGGCUCGCCGAGGCCAAGUCCUGCGGGACCUGGCGGACGAGUACGGAGGUGUGAUGGUGAGCUUCCCUCGCACGGGCACUCAGAGCGACAAGGUCACACUCAAAGGAGCCAAAGAGUGCGUGGAGGCGGCCAAGAAGCGCAUGCUGGAGAUAGUUGAGGACUUGGAUGCUCAAGUCACCAUGGAGUGUACCAUUCCUCAGAGGUUCCAUCGCUCCAUCAUGGGGCCCAAGGGCUCCCGAAUUCAGCAGAUCACCCGAGACCACAAUGUACAUAUUAAGUUCCCAGACCGGGAGGACCCUCAAGCCGCAGACGCCAUCCAGGAGAACGGCGAGGCCAACGGUCAAGUGAAGGAGGCUGUGGAUCCCAACGCGCCUAAAAAGUGUGACCUGAUUGUGAUUUCUGGCCGCCAGGAGCGCUGCGAGGCCGCUGUAGAAGCGCUGAAGGCUUUGGUUCCCGUCACUAUUGAGGUGUCAGUGCCUUUUGAGCUUCAUCGCUACAUCAUCGGACAAAAAGGAAGUGGAAUUCGCAAGAUGAUGGAUGAAUUCGAGGUAAAUAUUCAAGUGCCUGCUCCUGAGCAGCAGUCUGAUAAAAUCGCCGUCACCGGCCUGGCCAACCACCUGGACCGUGCCAGAGAAGGACUGCUGGAGCGCGUCAAAGAGCUGCAGGUGGAGCAGGAGGAAAGGGCACUCAAGAGCUUUAAACUGACCAUCACUGUGGACCCCAAAUAUCACCCCAAAAUCAUCGGCCGCAAAGGUGCCAUCAUCACAAACAUCCGCACCGAGCACGAUGUGAACAUCCUGUUGCCGGAGAAGAACGACGACAACCAGGGUCAGAUUACCAUUACAGGGUAUGAGCACAAAGCCAUAGCUGCUCGUGACGCCAUCCAGGCCAUCGUGGACGAGCUGGAGGAGAUGAUCUCCGAGGACAUCACUCUGAACAGCAGAGUCCACGCCCGUAUCAUCGGCGCCAAGGGCAAGGGCAUCCGCAGGAUCAUGGAUGACUUUAAGGUGGAUCUCAGGUUUCCUCAGACUGGAGCUGCGGACCCCGACCUGGUGACGGUGACCGGGCGUCCCGAGCGAGUGGACGAAGCCAUCGACCACCUCCUCAACCUGGAGGAAGAAUACAUGGCGGACAUCGUGGAGAACGAGGGCAAAGCCUACAUGAGGUCAUCCGGGGGCGGAGCUUCGUCCAUGGAUGAACAUCGCGGACCGUCCAAGGGCUUUGUGGUGAGGGAGGCGCCCUGGACCACGGGCACCGAGAAGGCCCCGGACAUGAGCAGUUCUGAGGACUUCCCCAGCUUCGGGGCCCCGGUGGCAGCCAAGGCCUCUCCUUGGGGGCCCAAGCGGUUUUAAAAGCGGUCCACUUCAUCCUCAACUCGACACAAUCCUCCCCCGUCCUGGUCCUGCCCCCCCCCCCCCCGACUCCCUCAGGACUGACCGCUGACCCCAAAAGUCUUCAGUUGUCCCAGCCUCACUCUCAACUUGAAAAUGCCUUUUUUUUUUUGUUUUCUCUUCAGCGUCAUCCUCAAGUAAGUGUCGGCGUUCACACAAAAAGGUGAAAAGAAGGAGCGUUGAAAUGUUUGUGGAGCUACUUUAGGCAAGCGGCUCUACUGGUUUAGUGCUAAAUGGUGCGGUCUGCUCACCUCGUCGCCUUAAUCGUUUGCUAGGAGGCUCCGUCACACAAGAAAACACUAGUCCUAAAACCUCACACUAAUGUUUUUUACACGCUACACAAGAAAAUGUUUGCACGUGCCAACUGGUCUUGUGAAGCCUUCAUCCUCUUUCGGGUCAGUGUCCAGUCCCUUCGUCUUCCAGUUGCUAGGCGGAUUAUCUCUAACUAGCCACGCCCCCCACCCCUUUUUUUUUUUUUUUGGUUAAUAUCAGCCUUACGACUAGCAGGAUGUGACGCGGUGGCGCCGUGGAAACGGACAACCGAAUGUUGUCUUUUCUCAAAGUAGUGCAAAAUCAACUGGAGUGCUGCGCGUAUGCCCCGCCCCCUUUUGUUUUGGUUUAGUUUUUUUUACAUCCUCCUAGCUUUCAUCCAAGAUAUGCAAAUGAAGUGAACGGUUAUCAAGGAUGACACUGGAAAAGAAAUCGUCCAAAAAUGUCAAUAAAAAUGGAAAAUCUUUGUGUACUAA